CGUUCCGGGAUUACAGUGACGUCACGCCGAUACCCUUGCAUGGAUGAAUGCUAAAGAACUAUGGAGCCACAAAUAAUAGCACAAGCAGAGUCCAUAUCUUGCAAGUCUUACGUUAUCCUUUAAGCCUCCUUCAGCUAACACAACAACAAUUUUUUUUUUUUUUUUUUUUGCACUUAAUGACGCUUAAUUUCAUUUUUUUAUCGGGUCCUUAGGGGGGAUUAUUCAUUCCUAUAAAACAAUCUGCAGCUGGUGCCAGCCCAAAGUCUCCCUCCUGUGAGUGAAGUCAUCUAUUAUUGAGCGAAAGGCCGUGCGUGGAAAUGUGUGUAAGACGGCGGAUUUGAAGUAGAAUUGGUUGCAAUCGAUCAAGGGUGAAGAAUAUUGCUGAUGGUAACAAAAGAAGCAGCUAUGUCUUUCUCGCAGUUUGGAUACCCUUACAAUGCAACUUCACAGUUUUUCGUGUCGGCAAACCCCAGUACGACUUGCUGCGAUUCGAUUUCCAGGUCGGUCUCUGACGGGACGGGCGGCUCCCAGACCGCCGCCGCCGCCGCCGCCGCAGCCGCCUCCUUCUGCUGCCCGUCCUACGAGAACCGGCUCCUGGCGAGCAGCCGAACGGAGCUGAACGCGGCGCUGGGGGUGUACAGCUCUCCCUACGCUGCAGCGGCCGCCGCCAGCCAGAACUACGCCAACUACUUCCCCUACAGCACCGACCCAUCCGCUAUCUACUCCACUCUGAAUCCACAGUAUGACAUUAAGGACAGCACAGGCACUUUACACUCUGGCAUCACGCAAACUGCUGCAUACUACCCUUAUGAUCACUCACUGGGACAGUAUCAAUAUGACAGAUACGGGACAGUAGACUUUAAUGGCACAGCCAGAAGAAAGAAUGCAACUCGUGAAACCACCAGCACCCUGAAAACAUGGUUGUAUGAGCACCGCAAGAACCCCUACCCCACCAAGGGGGAGAAGAUCAUGCUGGCCAUCAUCACCAAGAUGACCCUCACCCAGGUGUCCACCUGGUUCGCCAACGCCAGGAGGAGGCUAAAGAAGGAGAACAAGAUGACCUGGUCGCCAAAGAAUAAGGCCAGUGAUGACAGGAAGGACGACCUUAAGGGUGACCAAGAUUGUGUCACCAAAGAUUCUAGCGAUUGCAAGGCGGAAAAGGAUCUGCAUCUGAGUGAUCUGGAGGACAUGGACGAGGACGACUGUGACAAGCUGGAAAGUGACUGUGAAAAGGUGGCUGCAGAUGAGCAGGACCUCCAGAGGGCCAUGGCAGUAUCGGGAGCCCCUCAAAAAAGAGACUGCAGCUCUGAGCUGCAACUGAGUUUAACUAACAGCUUCAGCACGUUCCCCUGUGCCAUUAAAAGUGUCACCACCCUCCCUCCUCUCCCAUCUGACUUCCUGGAUCCCGUAGUGUCCAAGGCACCUUCCUCGACUGGCCCCACAGCAGGAACCGUGUCCCUGUCUCACUUUGAAGCAUCAGAUAAGCCUCGGAUUUGGUCUCUGGCUCGUACGGCGGCUUCGGGGGUUAUACUGAGCCCUCAGCAGCACGGCUCUGAGCUGAGGACAGGCAACCCAACCGGGGACUGCCAGCUCCAGAGUACCAGGCUUACCGGGGCUCCUACUGGACAGUGUGGGGGCAUGAGAGGCCUCCAUGAAUCCGGCAGUGUCACCAAUGCUGAGAGCCCCUUCUCUGAGGGCUCUUCCUUGCACUCAAAAGUCUACGGCACUGGCAGCUACAGUCACAAGGGCCUCCAACUGCACUGUUCAUCCUAUGCUGCACUCCCAGACACAUGUCAAUAUUCCUCCAUUGAAGGAUUCUCCGGUGGCAAAGCAGAGGCACAGUCCUCAGACCUCAGCGAAGCCUGUGGGACCGUGCAGGACGACAAGGUCACUGCGUUCAGGCCAGUGAUGAAGAGGUGAAGCAGAUUUCUGGAAACUACACCACAAUAAAUGAUGGGACAUUUAUUAUGCACUAAAGGACACACUGGCGGAGCAACAGCUUCAGUGUGACGCCCGGGAGCUACCUGGCGCCGCUGCAGUGAGAGCUGUCAAACUGUGGACGUGGCUAUCAUUUUGCACAACAUUGUUUUUAUGGUGUUAAAGACUUUAUGCAAAAAUUCUACAUGCAAAGGUAUGAGAAUUGGCCCAAUAAAAACGGCCGACUUUGUGUAUGGCAAUCGUGUAGUGUAGCAAACUUAUUUAUUUCUCUGUGUAUUUAUUAUUUUUGUUAUGUUGUCUGUUUGUUUAUUAUUUAAUGUGUUUUGUUGGUUGAAUUCGUAUCUCCUUUAAGUAUCUUGUUACAUGUUUUACACGUUUUACUGUGGCUUCGUGUCGUUUUGCCUGAUGUAAAAGAGAAAAGCUUGUCGGACAUAAAGUGGACUAUAAAAGGACUGGAUCCCCUUUGUUGCGCGUGGAUUGCAGGUUUUUGUCAUCGUGUUCAAAUGUGAGCUGCUCCUGUGUUUGCCAUUCAUCCAUUUUUUUUCUAA